AUGGCUCUCACCACGCACCCGCCGCUCGCCCUCUUCCACCGCCCCCUCCGCGGCCUCCCGCCGCGCCGAGCCCGCCUCUGCCGCUGCGCCGGCGCCGACGCGGGGAAGGCUCAGGCGCAGGCGCAGGCGAGGAGGGCGUACCCGUACGACGAGAUCGAGCCGAGGUGGCAGGCGCACUGGGAGGAGCGCCGCACGUUCCGCACCCCGGACGUUGGCGACGGCCUCGACACCUCCAAGCCCAAGUGCUACAUCCUCGACAUGUUCCCCUACCCGAGUGGGGCUGGACUGCAUGUUGGACACCCCCUCGGGUACACGGCGACCGACAUUUUGUCGAGAUUCAAGCGUAUGCAAGGCUUCAAUGUGUUGCAUCCGAUGGGAUGGGAUGCGUUUGGUCUUCCUGCCGAGCAGUAUGCUAUCCAGACGGGAACUCACCCCAAGAUUACAACAGCACGGAACAUUGACCGCUUCCGCACACAGCUCAAAUCAUUAGGUUUUUCAUACGACUGGGAUCGUGAAAUCUCCACAACAGAACCGACCUACUAUAAAUGGACGCAAUGGAUUUUUCUUCAACUUCUGAAAAGAGGGCUGGCUUACCAGGCUGAGGUACCGGUUAAUUGGUGCCCUGCACUUGGGACUGUUCUGGCGAAUGAAGAAGUAAUUGAUGGUGUCAGUGAACGAGGUGGUUAUCCUGUUAUAAGAAAGCCAAUGCGUCAGUGGAUGCUGAGGAUAACAUCUUAUGCUGAUCGGCUUCUUGAAGAUUUGGAUGAUCUCGACUGGCCUGAGAGCAUAAAAGAAAUGCAAAGAAAUUGGAUAGGGAGAUCAGAAGGUGCUGAGCUUGAAUUUUGUGCAGUUGACCAGGAGGGACAUGAUUUAGGGGCUAUAUUGACAGUUUAUACAACAAGGCCCGACACGAUUUUUGGUGCAACAUAUCUUGUUGUAGCACCUGAACAUGUUUCAUUGCCAUCUCUAACAUCUGAGGGACAACGUGUGCAUGUAGAGGAAUACACAGAAGUUGCAGCUAGAAAGAGUGAACUUGAGAGAACUGAAUUACAGAAAGAAAAAACUGGAGUUUUUAGUGGUUCUUAUGCUAAGAACCCAGCAACUGGGGAGAUCAUCCCAAUUUGGGUGGCAGAUUAUGUCUUAGCAAGCUAUGGCACCGGGGCUAUCAUGGCAGUGCCUGCACAUGAUUCUCGUGACCACGAAUUUUCCUUGAAAUACGAGCUUCCAAUCAUUAAGGUUGUAAGUCCGCCGAAUGGCAAUUGUGAUCCUGAGGAGGCUUAUGCAGAUGAUGGUAUCAUGAUAAACUCAUCCAGUUCUUCAUCUGGAUUAAAUAUCAAUGGUAUGCUUUCCCAAGAUGCUGCUCUGAAAGUUACAGAUUGGGUAGAGAGUAAUGGAUUUGGAAAGAAAAAGGUAAACUACAAGCUUCGUGACUGGCUUUUUGCUAGACAGCGCUAUUGGGGAGAACCUUUCCCUUUGAUCUACCUUGAUGAUAGCAAUGAAAUGGUGCCUCUUUCAGAAAAUGAGUUACCUUUAACUCUUCCUGAACUGGAUGACUUCACCCCCACUGGUACUGGGGAGCCCCCUUUGACCAAAGCAACAGAUUGGGUUAAAACCGCUGACCUUUUAACUGGGAGGCCUGCAACAAGAGAAACAAGCACCAUGCCACAAUGGGCUGGUUCAUGCUGGUACUAUUUGAGAUUCAUGGAUCCAAAAAAUUCCAGCACAUUGGUUGACAAGGCUAAAGAAAGUUAUUGGGGUCCAGUUGACAUCUACGUCGGAGGUGCUGAGCACUCUGUCUUGCAUUUGUUGUAUGCAAGAUUUUGGCAUAAGGUUCUGUAUGAUAUUGGCGUGGUCUCCACCAAAGAGCCCUUCAAAUGCCUGAUAAACCAAGGACUAAUACUGGGAGAAGUUGAGUAUACUGCAUACAGAGACAACGAAGGCAGGUGGAUUUCUGCAGAUUCAGGCUCAAGCUUAGCUGAUUGCUACCAAGAAAAAGUUUCAGCAGAUAAGAUCACAAAAGUUGGAGAUCAUUACGUGCUGAAGGACGAUCCAAACAUACGUUUAAAUGCCCGUGCCUACAAAAUGAGUAAAAGUCGAGGAAACGUCAUCAACCCUGAUGAUGUGGUUUCAGAAUACGGUGCUGAUUCUCUCCGCUUAUAUGAAAUGUUUAUGGGACCAUUGAGAGAUUCAAAAACAUGGAGCACUGGUGGAAUUGAAGGUGUGCAUCGGUUUCUAGGCAGGACUUGGAGACUCGUAGUUGGCGCACCUUUACCAGAUGGAUCAUAUAAAGAUGGAACUAUGGCCACUGAUGACAAACCAACCUUUGAGCAGCUUCGAGUUCUUCACAAGUGCAUAGCAAGGGUCUCAGAGGAAAUUCAAGAAACAAGGUUUAAUACUGCAAUUUCUGCAAUGAUGGAAUUUGUGAAUGCCGCGUACAAGUGGGACACCCAACCGAAGUCAGUUAUAGACUCGUUUGUUCUGCUGCUUGCACCAUUUGCACCACACUUGGCCGAGGAGCUUUGGUUUCGUCUUGGCCACUCACAAUCAUUGGCCUAUGAACAGUUUCCAGAGGCAAAAGAUGAGUAUUUGAAGGAAUCAGAGGUCGUACUCCCGGUACAAAUCAACGGGAAGACCAGGGGUACAAUCCUUGUCGACAAGGAGUGCUCUGGGGAUGAUGCGUUCGAAAAAGCAGCCUCAGACGAGAAACUCUCCAAAUAUUUGGAUGGGAAGGUCAUCAAGAAGAGGAUUUAUGUGCCUGGAAGGAUCUUGAAUGUUAUACUAGAUCAACAGAAGGCAAUGACCUGAUUAUUCCUCUGGUUUUCUCGUUGAUCUUUGGCGGAGUCCGGGCAGAGUAGUUGAUAGUCUAGAGACUGUUGAGACGUGGCAAAUCUGUAAAUUUCCAUUCUUUUGUAACAUUUGAUGCUAUUCACACGCAUUUCUUGUGAUAGUCCUGCAUUUAGCCAUACUGUAUUUACAAUGGCUUCUUUCUUUGAAUAUAACUUCCACUUAAGAUCAGCAGAAGGUUUUGAAUAAGUGAAAUGCGACGGUUACUCUUGUGGGCUA